AUGGCGGAUCACCGUGAUCCGGAGAAGGCCCAGGAGGGCAUUUCAGCACUAGCUGACUCCGCCCAGAUUGCUGCCGCGCACAAGCACAUCUCUGGCAAGGCACCCACCGAGCCUCCGUCCAGCUCGUCCGGCUCCGACGCCACCAUCUCCCCAGAGGAGGAGCGCGAGAGAGCAAGAAAGGCAAACCCCAACGGCUUCGCAAAUGCUCAGGGUGGUGUCAACAUUGAUCGCGCAACCGCCGAUUUUGCCGAGCUUCAGCGCUCAAUUUCGGGUCACUCUCGCAUCAGCCGCAUCCAGAGCCGUCAGAGCCAGAGGGGCGGUGCCGAUGUCGAAAAGGUCAAGUCCAGCCGGACCGGUGGAGACGAGUCGGACAGCACCGAGGAGCUCUUCGACCUCGAGGCUACGCUCCGUGGUGGCCUGGCUGCCGAGCAGGAAGCGGGCAUCAAGCCCAAGCACAUUGGCGUCUACUGGAACGGUCUCACGGUCAAGGGCAUGGGUGGCUUCUCCAACUAUGUGCAGACCUUCCCUGACGCAUUCAAGAAUUUCUUUGACAUCCGGUCGCCCCUGAGGAAUCUGGUCGGCAAAGGGCCGGCCUUCACCGAGGCCACUCUCCUCGACAACUUCAAGGGUGUUGUCAAACCCGGCGAGAUGGUGCUCGUUCUGGGCCGCCCCGGUUCGGGCUGCACGACCUUCCUCAAGAAUAUUGCCAACCAGAGGGCCGGGUACACGGGCGUUUCUGGUGAGGUUCUGUACGGCCCAUGGACUGCGGAUGAGUUCAAGCAAUACCGUGGCGAGGCUGUCUACAACCAGGAGGACGACAUCCAUCACUCGACGCUCAGUGUCGGACAGACUCUUGGUUUCGCCCUGGAUGUCAAGGUGCCCAACAAGCUGCCCGCUGGUACCACCAAGAGCCAAUUCAAGGAGGACGUCAUCUCAAUGCUGCUCAAGAUGUUCAACAUUGAGCACACGCGCAACACUGUGGUCGGAGAUGCCAUCGUCCGUGGUGUCUCUGGUGGCGAGCGCAAGCGUGUCUCCAUCGCCGAGAUGAUGAUCACCAACGCAUGUAUCCUGUCCUGGGACAACAGCACUCGCGGUCUGGACGCCAGUACUGCGCUCGACUUUGCCAAGUCUCUUCGCAUCCAGACAAACCUGUACCAGACGUCGACCUUUGUCUCUCUGUACCAGGCCUCCGAGAACAUCUACAAGCGGUUCGACAAGGUCCUCGUCAUCGACUCUGGCAAGCAGGUCUACUUUGGGCCCGCCACCGAGGCCCGCGCUUACUUUGAGGGCCUUGGAUUCCUGCCGAGACCUCGUCAAACAACUCCGGACUACGUCACUGGAUGUACGGAUGAGUUCGAGCGUGACUAUGCCGACGGCUACUCUCCCGAGAACGCGCCUCACAGUGCAGAGACCCUCGCCGAGGCCUUCGACAAGUCCACUGUCGCUGCUCGUCUCCGCGAGGAGAUGGCCGAGUACAAGACGCAGCUGGAGCACGAGUCUGGCAAGCACGAUGAUUUCCAAACCGCUGUCAGGGAGAGCAAGCGAGGCGGAGCUAAGCGCUCCGUCUACGGCGUUGGUUUCCAUCUCCAGGUCUGGGCCAUCAUGAAGCGCCAGUUCGUCCUCAAGAUGCAGGACAAGCUCAGUCUCUACCUCUCGUGGCUCCGUGCCAUUGUUAUCGCCAUCGUUCUCGGUACCCUCUAUCUCAACCUCGGUCAGACAUCAGCCAGUGCCUUCAGCAAGGGCGGUCUUCUUUUCAUCAGUCUCUUGUUCAACGCCUUCCAAGCCUUCUCUGAACUAGGCUCGACGAUGACCGGCCGUCCCAUCGUCAAUAAGCACAAGGCAUACGCUUUCCAUCGACCAUCCGCGCUGUGGAUUGCUCAGAUCUUUGUUGAUACUGCUUUCUCAGCGGUGCAGAUCAUGGUGUUCUCGAUUAUUGUCUACUUCAUGACCAACUUGACGAGAACUGCCGGCGCAUUCUUCACAUACUACCUUCUGAUCUUGGUCGGCAACAUUGCCAUGACUCUCUUCUUCCGCAUCAUCGGAUGUGUCAGUCCCGACUUUGACUAUGCCAUCAAGUUUGCUGUUGUCUCCAUCACGCUGCUGAUCUUGACUUCUGGCUACCUGAUCCAGUACCAGAACCAGCAGGUUUGGCUGCGCUGGAUAUUCUGGAUCAACCCCUUGGGACUGGCAUUCGCGGCCUUGAUGGCCAACGAGUUCGGAAGGAGCACCAUGACAUGUUCGUCCGAGUCUCUGGUUCCCACCGGCCCGGGUUACGACAACAUCAACAACCAGGUCUGCACCAUCGCUGGAUCGACGCCAGGCACUCUCGAAAUUGACGGUGGUGCCUAUAUCACUCAGGCCUUCCAAUAUGCUCCCCAGGAUCUAUGGCGCAACUUCGGCAUCAUCAUGGCCAUCAUCGUCUUCUUCCUUGUCAUGAACGUCCUUCUGGGCGAGUUUGUCAAGUUUGGAGCUGGCGGCAGCACCUUCCGCACGUACGCCAAGCCCACCAAGGAGCUUGAGAAACUCAACGCAGAUCUCGAGAGCUCGCGACUCCAGCGCCAGAAGUCGAGACGCGAGGGCAAAGACGAAACUUCUAGCAUCAACUCUGUCAGCGUCCUCACAUGGGAAGACCUCAACUACGAUGUACCUGUUCCCGGCGGUACUCGCCGUCUACUCAACAGCGUCUACGGCUAUUGCAAGCCAGGUCAGCUUACUGCCCUCAUGGGCGCUUCCGGUGCUGGCAAGACAACUCUCCUGGACGUCUUGGCGGCUCGCAAGAACAUCGGCGUCAUCGCUGGUGAUAUUCUGGUUGAUGGCGCGAAGCCGGGCAAGGAGUUCCAGCGAUCCACCUCUUAUGCGGAACAGCAAGAUUUGCACGACCCGACCCAGACUGUCCGCGAGGCUCUGCGCUUCUCUGCUGAUCUAAGACAACCUAUGACGACUUCUCAGGAGGAGAAGUAUGCCUACGUCGAAGAAAUCAUCGCCCUGCUCGAGAUGGAGGACAUUGCUGAUGCCAUCAUCGGAUACCCUGAGGCUGGCCUGGUCGUCGAGCAGCGCAAGCGCUUGACCAUUGGUGUGGAGCUUGCCGCUAAGCCUGAGCUUCUGCUGUUCUUGGAUGAGCCUACCUCUGGUCUUGACAGUCAGAGUGCCUUCAACAUUGUUCGUUUCCUCAAGAAGCUCGCUGGCGCCGGCCAGGCCAUCCUCUGCACCAUUCACCAGCCCAACGCUGCUCUGUUCGAGAACUUCGACCGCCUGCUUCUGCUCCAGCGAGGUGGCCAGUGUGUCUACUUUGGCGACAUCGGCAGCGAUGCGCAUGUUCUCCGCGACUAUCUUGCCCGCCAUGGUGCUGUUGCGGGCGAGUCUGAGAACAUCGCCGAAUUCAUGCUCGAGGCCAUUGGUGCUGGUAGUCGUCCACGCUACGGUGACCGGGACUGGGCCGACAUCUGGGCCGACAGCCCCGAGCUUGCCAAUGUCAAGGAUACGAUCUCUCAGCUCAAGGAACAACGCAUGGCUGCCGCCACGGAGAUCGGUCCGGCUCUGCAGCGCGAGUUUGCGUCGCCCAAGUCCCAUCAGCUGAAGACCGUCAUGCACCGCAUGAACGUGUCUCUCUGGCGCUCCCCAAACUAUCUCUUUACUCGCGUCUUCAACCACGUCGUCAUCGCCCUCUUCACUGGUCUCACCUACCUGCAGCUCGACAACUCUCGGGCUUCGCUGCAGAACAAGGUCUUCGUCAUGUUCCAGAUCACCGUCUUGCCCGCUCUGGUCAUGUCGCAGGCUGAGGUCAUGUGGGUCAUCAAGCGAGCCAUCUUCUUCCGCGAGCAAUCGAGCAAGAUGUACAGCACCUUCACCUUUACCACCACCAUGAUUGUUGCCGAGAUACCGUACUCUAUCCUCUGCGCAGUCAUCUUCUUCUUGCCCAUCUACUACAUGCCUGGCUUCCAGUAUGAAAGCUCGAGAGCUGGUCUCCAGUUCUUCUUUAUGCUGCUGACCGAGCUGUUUGCCAUCACUCUCGGCCAGGUCCUCGCCGCCAUCUCUCCCUCGGCCUUCAUUGCUUGCCAGUACGACCCGUUCAUCGUCAUCACAUUUGCCUUGUUCUGUGGUGUGACCAUUCCCUAUCCGCAAAUGCCCGGCUUUUGGAAGGCGUGGCUGUACCAGCUGGACCCUUUCACGCGCCUCAUCGGUGGCACCGUUACGACAGCUCUCGAAGGCGUCGAGGUCGUCUGCAAGUCUAGUGAGCUUCAACGCUUCAAUGCUCCAGGUGGAUCCUCCUGCGGCGAGUACAUGGCGCCGUACUUCAGUUCUGGUGGCCUGGGCUACAUUGCCAACAACGCCACCAGUGCUUGCGAGUUCUGUGCCUACAAGGUCGGCAACCAGUUCUACGAGCCUCUUGGCUUUAGCUUUGACAACCGCUGGAGAGACCUGGGCAUCUACGUCGCAUUCAUCUUUAGCAACAUAGCUAUCCUCUUUUUGGCUGGCCGCUUCUUGAACUUCAACCGUCGCUAA